AUGAACAUUUUCAAAACAAAAUUUACAAUUUGUUUACUUUUGGUACUUCAAAUAAUUUGUGCCUAGUAAUCUGAUUAAACCAUAUCUUGGAAGCAAAGUAUCUCUCCAGGUUAGAUCAAAUAUAUCCCUAAUGUUUCCUAUCUAGGAUAAGGAUAUAAUAUCUUCUAAGGUAACCCUUUAAGUACUAGCGGAAUAGAUCCUGGUUUCAGAAAUGUCCCUGCAGUUGAUUUACUUUAUCAAGAUAACCUUUGGGAUGCAGCUAGUCCUGAUAGAGCCUACUUCAUUCCAGAUGGAGUCAGAGUAAAUAUUGAAAAGAGCUGUUUGAUUACUUUUUCUUCAAAGUAAGUCUCUACCCUAACUGAUUACUAAAAUAGCUUAUCUGCAAAAGUUAGUGGAAAAGGAAGUGUAUUUUCUGCCUCAUUUUCGGCCAGCGCUGACUUCAAAUAGAUGAAAGAUACUCUUUCCCAAAAGGACACUCAAUGUAUUCAAUCACACGCUACUUGUACUGCUUUUGAUCUCAGUUUUUACAAUGAUAUCAACUCUCUACCUUUGCUCUCUCUUUAGCUAGUAGAUAAAAUUCAAUAAUUAUAUUCUUACUCAAAUUACACUAACGAGAAAGAAUACUAUUAUGAUUUCUUUGAUUCAUGGGGAACUCACGUAGCUACAUCUGUCAGACUUGGUUCUCUCUUCGGCUAUCAAUUCAAAAUGAGUUCUUCAUCUGUCUAAUAAUAGUCUUCACUUGGUUUUGAUGCAUCAGUUGGAGCUUCACUUUAUGGAGUUAAAGGUAAAGUAUCUACCAGUUAUGCUUAACAAUAACUCAAUAGUUUCCAAUAAUCGUUAAAGAGUUGGUCUUCUUAUUCACUGGGUGCUACUCCAAAUGCUAAUCUUGAUGCUGCUUAAUGGGCUACUCAAACACUUGACACUCCUAUGCCAAUUAAAACAGAACUCACUCCUAUCUACACAUUCAUCUCUCAAUAUUAGAAUAACGCAGAUAUUCCUUUAAAUUCCACAACUAUGGCAUAUGUUGUCAAUGCUAUGUAAAAUUACAUUGGUUAAUACUGCUAUGAUAGAUUACAAUUCUCAACUGCUUUAAAUUCAUGCUCAGGUUAUGUGAAUUAAUCCUCUGAUCCAUAUGUAGGAUAAAGCAAAAUUAUGAAUACAAAGAGUGGAAAAUUCGUUUCAUUUGAUCAAAACACUUUAAAAGUUUUCUAAUUAACUAAUAAUUCAACAACCAGUAACUAAUAAAUGUAUACAGUAACUAGACCUACCAAUAACCAAAAUAUCUACUAAAUUUAGACAAGUAAUUAUAAUUACUGCUUAGGAGUAAGUGUUGCUUAAGAUGGUUAACCUUUAGUCUUGAAGAAUUGCGCAUUAGAUUCUUUGACUUUAUUUGAAAUAGAUGAAAUAGGAUAAGGAUUCUAAUAUUUAAAAUUGAUGGGUUCAAAUUAUUACAUGACAGUAUAAUCAACAGCAUCAAUAUCUGAUACUUCUGAUAACGCCCUAAUUGUUUUGUCACAAAACUAAAAUGCAUGCAGAGGAUGUACAUUCUUCUAAGUUGAUUGA